AUGAAAGGAGUCGUACAUUUCAGCACGAAGGGAAAGUUAAACCCCCAAUAUGUAGGACCCUACGUUAUAGUCGAAAGAGUUGGUCCAGUAGCUUACAGAUUGGAUUUGCCAAUAGAGAUGCAGGGAAUACACAAUGUGUUUCAUGCAUCAACUUUGAAGAAGAGUUUCGAAGAAAAACGGACAGUAGUUAUGAAGUUCGAUGAGAUUCAACUUCAACCCAAUUUGUCUUAUUCAGAAUGGCUAGUACAGAUCAUGGAUCGUACAGAAUAUGAGUUAAGGAAUCGAAAGAUACCUCUAGUGAAAGUACUCUGGAACAACCCAGAAUUCGAAGAAGCAACUUGGAAACGGGAGGAUACAAUGAGAAACGAAUGCCCCUAUUUGUUUAUAGAUUAA